GUAGCACCUAAUUUACAGCAGAAGUCGGCCGCAAGCUACUCCAACAGACUCGGUAUCGAGUGGAACAGGGAUGCGGAGAGGUGCGCGGCGUCGGCAAAGUUGCAGCGCGAUGCGGCGUCCUCAUCCCUGUGCGCGAGCGGAGUGGAGAAGCGUCGGUUGUUUCCCGCGGAGCAGCGGAAGUAGAGCUGGCGAGCCCGUGCGGCGGCGAGUCGGGCGGCUUCGGAGUCCGGCGGAAGCGAGCACCAUCGGGUUGCAGCUGCAGACAAGGCGCUUCUCUGGGCUCGCGUCGCGUUCCCCUCUUCCCUCGCAAAAUCGCGACGCAUUCGGCGAUGCCCGCGGUUGUGAUGGUGUUGGUGGGUGCAGAUCCUCGGGCUGGACAUGUGCGCGGACGUCAUCGUCGGCAACGAGCUGAUGCGCGGCAUCUCCGGCGGCCGGAAGAAGCGCCUCACCACAUAUCCGCGCGCCGCGCCUCCCCUUCCUCCCCCCUCGAUCCUGCUGUGCUCCCGGUCGCACUCCCUCCGUCGCUACAGCCGUGUUUGAUUUCAGGGGAGAUGCUGGUCGGCCCGACCAAGGUGCUGUUCAUGGACGAGAUCUCAACGGGCCUCGACAGCUCCACCACCUUCCAGAUCAUCAAGUGCAUCCAGCAGAUCGUCCACAGGGGCGAGGCCACCGUCGUGGUGUCGCUGCUCCAGCCCACGCCGGAGGUCUUUGAGCUCUUCGACGACGUCAUGCUGCUGUCCGAGGGGCAAAUCGUCUACCAGGGACCCCGGGAGUACUUGCUCGAGUUCUUCGAGAGGUGUGGUUUCCGGUGCCCGGAGAGGAAAGGUGCCGCUGAUUUGCUGCAGGAGGUUACAUCAAAGAAAGUUCAGGAGCAGUACUGGAUACAGAGCGAAAAACCAUAUCACUAUGUAUCAAUCCCUGACUUUGUUGCAAAAUUGAAGAAAUUUCAUAUGGGGAAGAGCCUCAAAAAACAGCUUUAAGUUCCUUUCAACAAGAGAAAAAUCCACAAAUCUGCUCUGGUCUUCUCCGAGCAAUCUGUUUCUACUUUGGAGCUUCUCAAGACCUCAUGGUCCAAGGAAUGGAUUCUCAUGAAGAGAAACUCGUUUGUCUAUGUUUUUAAAACAGUCCAGGAGAUGAAGAGCCAAGGAGUAACCGCUGAUAACCUAUCUCAUAACCUAUCAAGAAAAGAAGAUAUUCGUGGAUGAAGUUAUAGAACUGGUUGAGCUUAACGGUCUCAAGGAUGUUAUUGUGGGUCUCCCUGGUGUGAACGGGCUCUCGACAGAACAAAGAAGAGAUUAACAAUCGCUGUAGAGCUUGUGGCAAACCCCUCGAUCAUCUUCAUGGAUGAACCAACUUCAGGUCUUGAUGCAAGGGCUGCUGCAAUUGUUAUGAGAACUGUGAGGAACACUGUCAAUACUGGAAGAACCGUUGUCUGCACUAUCCAUCAACCAAGUAUCGAUAUUUUUGAAGCUUUUGACGAGGUAAUGCAUUUGCAUCUUGUGGAGACGACACACACAUUAGCGCUCAUAUAUUUAAUGCAGCAAUAUAUUGCGCAAAAAAAAAUUAUUCCGAAUAAAUAAUUUCUGUGAUACUAAUUUAUACCGUACCAUUUAAUAGCCGUUGCAACGGCAACAUGUCAAAAAAAAUUGCUAGGGUGGCGGUUAUGGCGGUUGAGAAAAAAUCAAUUUAAUAUAAGGGAGAGAAGAUAGUGGAUGAGAUAUAGAGUAGCUGCUGGAGAUGGCUGAAAUUAGGGAAGCUGUAAUAGUGAUAGGGGAUGCUGUAAUAGUAUUUUUGAGGAUGAAAAUUUAGGGUAGCUGCUGGAGAUGGUCAACACCACAAACGGCAAUUGUAACAAAUGGCAUGGCUAGCUAUGGAAGGAGGAAUGGCGCACAGGAUCAUCUAAGCGAAACAUUAACAGCAGUCUCUAUCUCCUGCGGCAGAAGUGUUAGCUAGAGCCACGACCACUGACCAGGACC